CCCCCCGCCGCCCUGCGCCCCCCGCGCCCCCCGUGCCCCUCGCCGCCCCGCGUGCCCCCAGCCCCUCCAGCCAGAUGAUGAACUUCCUGAGGCGCCGGCUGUCCGACAGCAGCUUCAUCGCCAACCUGCCCAAUGGCUACAUGACCGACCUGCAGCGGCCCGAGCCCCAGCAGCCCCCGCCGGCCCCGGGCCCCGGCCCCGGCGCCGCCCCGGCCCCGGCCCCGGCCCCGGCCGCCCCGCCGGCCGCCUCCCCGGGCCCCGAGCGGAGGCCGCCGCCCGCCCAGGCGCCCGCGCCGCAGCCCGCGCCGGCGCCGUCGGUGGGCAGCAGCUUCUUCAGCUCGCUGUCCCAAGCCGUGAAGCAGACGGCCGCCUCGGCGGGCCUGGUGGACGCGCCCGCGCCCGCGCCCGCCGCGCGCAGGGCCAAGCUGCUGCUGGUGGUCGACGAGCCGCACACCGACUGGGCCAAGUGCUUUCGGGGCAAAAAAGUCCUUGGAGAUUAUGACAUCAAGGUAGAACAGGCAGAAUUUUCAGAGCUCAACCUGGUGGCCCACGCAGAUGGAACCUACGCCGUGGAUAUGCAGGUGCUUCGGAAUGGCACAAAAGUUGUCCGGUCCUUCCGGCCAGACUUUGUGCUCAUCCGGCAGCAUGCAUUUGGCAUGGCAGAGAACGAGGACUUCCGCCACCUGAUCAUUGGCAUGCAGUAUGCGGGCCUCCCCAGCAUCAACUCCUUGGAGUCUAUUUACAACUUCUGUGACAAGCCAUGGGUGUUUGCCCAGAUGGUGGCCAUCUACAAGACCCUGGGAGGAGACAAGUUCCCACUCAUUGAGCAGACGUAUUACCCCAACCACAAGGAGAUGCUGACACUGCCCACGUUCCCUGUGGUGGUGAAGAUUGGCCAUGCUCACUCAGGCAUGGGCAAGGUCAAAGUGGAAAACCACUAUGACUUCCAGGACAUUGCUAGUGUAGUGGCCCUCACCCAGACGUAUGCUACAGCAGAGCCGUUCAUCGAUGCCAAGUACGACAUCCGGGUCCAGAAGAUUGGCAACAACUACAAGGCUUACAUGAGGACCUCCAUCUCAGGGAACUGGAAGACCAACACUGGUUCUGCAAUGCUGGAGCAGAUCGCCAUGUCAGACAGGUACAAAUUAUGGGUAGAUACCUGCUCGGAGAUGUUUGGUGGCCUAGACAUCUGUGCUGUCAAAGCUGUCCACGGAAAGGAUGGGAAAGACUACAUUUUUGAGGUCAUGGACUGUAGCAUGCCACUGAUUGGGGAACACCAGGUGGAAGACAGACAACUUAUCACUGAACUGGUCAUCAGCAAGAUGAACCGGCUGCUGUCCAGGACUCCCGUCCUGUCUCCUCAGAGACCCCUAACCACCCAGCAGCCACAGAGUGGAACGCUUAAGGAUCCGGAUUCGAGCAAGACCCCACCUCAGCGGCCUCCCCCCCAAGGGGGCCCUGGGCAACCCCAAGGAAUGCAGCCCCCAGGCAGAGUGCUGCCUCCACGCCGGCUCCCCCCCGGACCAGCACUGCCACCUUCCUCCUCUUCCUCCUCCUCUUCCUCUUCCUCCUCCUCCUCUUCCUCGGCUCCUCAGAGGCCGGGCGGCCCCACCAUCGCCCACGGAGAUGCCCCCUCCAGCAGCGACUCCCCGGCAGAGGCCCAGCCGCCCCCGGGCCCGCCGCCACGGAAGCCCCAGCCUCACCCACAGCUCAACAAGUCGCAGUCCCUGACCAAUGCCUUCAGCUUCUCUGAGUCCUCCUUCUUCCGGCCUUCAGCCAGUGGGGACGAGCCCAAAGCGGAGACCAUCCGGAGCUUGAGGAAGUCCUUCGCCAGCCUCUUUUCAGAUUAGUCCUCGGGGCUCGGGGGCGCCCCGCCC